AUUGCUAUAAGCACUGCGCUCUCUGGGUAGUCUUCAUAAUGCGCCACCCGGAGAGGUUGUUUCAGUUAUUUUUCGAUAAAUCAGCAGUUCGCAACGUUCGGUUGUUGUGUGAGAAGGAACGCUUUUAGUGUGUGAUUAAAACGCGCGAAACAGUUAUAAAUUAAACGUGAAGAAAAUACGUAAAUUACAAAGCUGCAACAAAAGAAUAUCUUACAGAGCUUGGGAGCAAUAUCAAAAUGCUUAAAAUACCAAGACCAUCGCGGUCAAUGCUUCAAUGUGGCCUGGCAGCUCUUGCAACGGUACUGUUAAUGUCCUGGGUGCGACCGCUUGGAGUUUUAUUCCUGGGUCUGUUCAGCUAUUGGCUCUAUUGGACACGCUGCAGUUUUCGCAUAGUACUGACCCCGGAGCUGCGACACAAAUACGAGAAUUGGCUUCACCGCGCCAGCGACUGGAAACGCAAUUCCCCGACCAUGUUCUGUUUGGUGAGCAGCGGGUGCCUGGGCACACUUGCCAUACUCGGCCAUCUGAUAUCUGGGUCCACCCUGGUGCUAACAUUGCUGGUUCUCUCGGCCCUAAUUUCGACCAAAUACAACUUUAAAUUAUUAAAAAUCGAACACAAAGACUUCCAAUGGUCCGAGAAGCUCAACUACAAUAGCACCGAAGCCGAGCUAGAGGACGAAUUCAUGCCCGAUGCAACCGAAUCGAAUUUAUUUGUGCUGGAACGUGCCAGCAAUGUGGCGACCAUCAGUUCACCCACCGAUGCGGACGAUGAGGAGGAACGCAGCGAUGAAAUACCCUCAGAGCUGCUCAUACCAGAUCGCAUACCCGAAAUCGAUGAGCAUUCAACAGAUGAGGAUGAUGAGCUAAUUCCGACAGCGCGGAAACAAACACAACUUACAUCGGGACAGCAGUCAGCACUUGAAUAUGAGAAACAGCCGAGUCCCGAGGCCGCAAAGGCAGCCGCCAAUCCCAAUCCUAUUGAGUUUCGCAAGGGGCAUUUCAAGCGAGACUCAUCGUUGUCCACCACGUCGUCAUCGUCGGAAGAGAGUUUGUCCAAGGGCUUGCAAUUUCCUGAUCACACAAGCGUCGACGCAAGUGCUCCGGCACUGCGGCAGCUGAACGCUGGCGAGGCGACACACCAGGCGGCAAUACCGUCAACGUCGUCCUCAGGUGAGGUUAGUGAUCUCUUGGCGCUGGCGGUGAAAAGCCAAACCCAGGCCCUGCUCGCCAACAGCAGCAAAAUCUUGCCCAGCUUGAUCUCAGGUCUGGCGCAGUGGGGUCCUGGUGGCGCCGCCGGUCCUGGCUCUGUGGACACCACAGAUGCAGCCCUGAAACAUCGUGUAGUCACUGCUCUGGACUCAUCGGAUGAGAGUGACUUUGAAAUACUCGAAUCGGAUGAUUUCAAGUAAAUAUCAUGUGUGUCGCCCUCGUGCAUCCGCCCGACGUCCGGACUGCACUAAAGUGUAUUACAUACUAUAACUUAACUACAUACAUAUACACACACAUAUAAAUAUAUAUAUACAAGUAUAUACAACAAAAAAGGACCCAAUAAAAAGUCAAGCUGGUCUCUGGUCGGUCGUAAAA